CGCUCUUAUCAUUUUCACCUGAGGAGGAGGAAAGGCCGUCCUUCCACUAGAAGACUCCAAGAUGUUUCCACUGGUGAUUGCUUCAGUAGUUGUCCUAGCAGGAGUUUAUGUUCUUUUGGUGGAAACGCUCUUCAAAAGUUCUCAAUGCAAGAGUUCCACUGGGAUGUCUGGCAAAACAGUCAUCAUUACAGGAGGAAACACGGGCAUUGGGAAAGCCACCGCCACUGAGCUGGCGAGAAGAGGAGCAAGAGUGAUCCUGGCAUGUCGAAACAGGCAGAAGGCUGACGAGGCUAUUGAGGAUAUCAAGCGAGAGACUGGAAGUUGUGAUGUGGUGUACAUGCAGUUGGACCUAGCAAGUCUCCAGAAUAUUCGCAACUUUGCCCAGACAUUCCUGAAGACUGAGUCCAGACUGGAUGUACUCAUCAAUAAUGCUGGCCUGGUGGCUGACGGGCGCACUGAGGACGGUUUUGGGAUCGAGUUCGGCGUGAACCACCUGGGCCACUUCCUGCUCACCUGUCUCCUCCUGGACCGGCUGAAGGAGGCGCCGGAGGCCCGCGUGGUCACCCUGUCCUCCAUGGCCCACCGCUGGGGCAGGAUCGACUUCGACCGCCUGGCUGCCCACAAGGACCUGGGCACCGGCCUGUACAGCUGGCAGUUCUUCCACGCCUACUGCAACAGCAAGCUGUGCAACACCCUCUUCACCCACGAGCUGGCCAAGAGGCUGAAGGGGACCAACGUCACCUGCUACAGCGUCCACCCAGGCGUCGUGAAGACGGAGCUGUCGCGCCACGUCAGCUUAUGGCAGAUGGUCAUCGUGGACCCCAUUUCCCGCCUCUUGUUCCUGGACCCCAAGACGGGCGCCCAGACCACACUUCACUGCGUCCUGCAGGAGGGCAUCGAGCCGCUGAGCGGACGCUACUUCACCUGCUGCGCCCCACAGGAAGUGGCCGCCCACUGCAAGGACGACGCCGUGGCCAAGAAGCUGUGGGACGUUAGCGAGAUGCUAUGUGGUCUGGCUUGAAGACGCAGAGAGGCUGUGUGGUCUGGCUUGAAGAUGAGAGAGACAGAGUGCGUGGGCGUGUGUGUGUGUUAGGGGCCUCCACGACGAUUCGAUUCGAUAUCAAUUUCUUCAGGCAGCGAUUCGAUUAUUUCCGAUACUAAGAAUGCCCCACGAUACGAUUUUUUUCCCCAAUUAUUUUUCCACCUCUAUCAUGUUACACAAUUAACAGCUAUGGCAUUGGGCAGGGGCCCAAGAUACGAUAUGAUUCGAUCGUCGGCCGCAGGAUCGAUGCAUGGAUACAUAUUGAUAAUUAUUAACACUGUGUGUGUGUGUGUGUGUGUGUGUGUGUGUGUGUGUGUGUGUGUGUGUGUGUGUGUGUGUUCGUUCGUUCGUGCGCACACGCUUGAGAGAGGUGGACUUGGAAUGGACUAGGAGAUAUCAUUAUGUUGCGCACUUCAUGUGGUGCAAAAGAGCUCUUUGUGUGUUGUUGUGCAUUUCAAUUCUUUUUGUGGCACAAUUUUUCUGUUUUUGUACACCAGCUAUAUGUCUUUUCUCACAGUGUGUGACUUGAAUUGUUUUGGUUUGCUCAUGUGAAUUAUAUUGUACAUACCCAUCUUCAAAUAUUGUAUGAAUAAUCUUGUAAAUAAAUCUCACAUGGUAGUCAUUCAAGGUU